UCUUUCUUUUCCGGUCGGGCCAGGUCCACAGACCUCGACCCCAAAAUGGCGAGUCGGGGUACGGUCUCUGGGAGCUAGAGCGAUCGACUGGGGGACUGGUCCUCCAAGCCCCCCACGCUCCGGAGCUCGGCGCCGCCCUCGCCAGGCCCGCAGGGGCGCGGGAAGCGGGCGCUUCCUCCCCAGCGUGGCGGGAAGGCGUGGCGACGUCGCGGCCCCAGUCGAGGAAGAGGGAAGUGGCAUCCGCAGAAGCCGGGACUGGGCGGAGUGCCCUUGGGGAGAAGAUCCACUCAUUGGUUUUAUACCAAACCUGACAAAGCCUCGGUUGUCAAAGGUGGCACCAGGAGGAUGUCACACAUAGGAGUAAAACUAUUCCUAGAGCAAAUGAUGAUGAGACAUCUGGAAGUGAAUGCAUGCUUGUACCCACACAUGGAGGCUUUGUGGGGGACUAAGGGGUCGGUGAAAGAGAGCUCCGGUGAGAGUAAGAAAUCCAGCCCGCGAACGGACAGUCUUGGUCCUGAGAGCGCUCGACAGCACUUUCGGAGCUUCUAUUAUCACGAAGCACCCGGACCCCUGGAGGCUGUCAGCCAACUUCAGGAAUUAUGCCAGCAGUGGCUGAGGCCUGAGAUCCACUCGAAAGAGCAGAUCUUGGAACUGCUGGUGCUUGAGCAGUUCCUGACUAUUCUGCCCAGGGAUACCCAGAACUGGGUGCAGAAGUAUCGUCCACAGAGCGUCAGAGAGGCUGUGGCCCUGGUAGAGCGCUUUCAGAGAGAGCCUAGUGGAAUAAGUGAUGAGGUCACAGCCCAUGAGCUGGGAAAGGAGGCAGUGACCUUGGGAGGAACAGCAGUGGCCCCAGGCUUUAAGUGGAAGCCCGCAGAGCCCCAACCAAUGGGUAUGUUCCAGAAAGAAUGUUGGAAUACAUACCGGGUACUACAGGAAGAGCUGGGCUGGAAAACUCACAAAGAAACCCAGCCAGUAUGUGAAAGAGCUGGGCCUGCUCAACAGAUUCUAGCCUUUUCUGAGCAGAAAAGCACCCCAAACUGGAAGAUGGCGUCUGAGCUCAUCUUGCCUGAGUUCCAGAGCCUGUUGACAUUUGAGGAUGUGGCGGUGUCUUUCUCUGAGGAAGAAUGGCGGUUACUGGACCCUACUCAGAAGAGCCUUUACAAUGACGUGAUGCAGGAGAACUAUGAGACUGUCGUCUCUCUAGGGUUAAAGCUCAAAAAUGACACUGGAAAUGACCAACCUAUAUCUCUUUCUGCAUUAGAAAUACCAGCAUCAGGAUGCAGAGUGUUAAGAAAGGCCAGAAUGAAAGUUGCCCAGAAAACAACAGGCAAAGAAAAUCAUGGCGGGACACGCAGGGUACGGAGACGGCACCGAGCUUUUCUAGGCAGGAAAAGAAAGAAACUUUCAACUCGUAAACAAGAGCUUCCAAAACCUAAGGAUCUCCAAGGGAAAGGCCAUGCAGGGGAGAAACCUUUUAAGUGUCAGGAAUGUGAGAAAAGUUUCAGAGUUAGCUCUGACCUCAUUAAGCACCAGAGAAUUCACACUGAAGAGAAGCCCUAUAAGUGUCAACAGUGCGAUAAGAGGUUUAGAUGGAGUUCAGAUCUUAAUAAGCACUUAAUGGCCCACCAAGGAAUAAAACCGUACAGAUGCUCGUGGUGUGGGAAAAGCUUCAGUCACAAUACAAAUCUACACACACACCUAAGAAUUCACACAGGAGAGAAGCCCUUUAAAUGUUACGAAUGCGGGAAAAGAUUCAUUCAGAACUGCCACCUUAUUAAGCACCAGAGAACCCACACAGGCGAGCAGCCAUAUACUUGUAGCGUGUGCAGGAGAAACUUCAGCCGGCGCUCCAGCCUUCUUAGACACCAGAAACUCCACAGGAGAAGGGAGUCCUGUCCAGUGUCUCCAGUCUGAAGAAAGUCACCAAACGGAUCUUGACCCUAGAGGUGACGAAAGAGUAUAAAACUAUGAGGCACCAAUGAUAGAAAUUUGGCACCCACAGGAAAUGUGGGAGGGGUUCAUGGCCUGCUUCACAGAAAGAAAUCUAAGCCGUCUGUCUUGUUCAGCAUUGUAUUUUCAGGGCCUAGCACAAGACUGAUACGCAAUGAGUACUUGAUCAAUAAAAGAGUGGAAAUACA